AUGCGUCGACCCUUAUCGUGUACCCAUCGCACAACAACAACAACAACAACAACAACAACAACAACAGCCGUGUGCUGGCUGCUGUUCACGUGGUGGACCGUGUCGGACGCCGUGGUCGCCUCGACCACUCCCACAACCCCACCGCCGGACUGGAGUACCGCAUGUCGUGCGCAAGGUUGGGAUCCUUCCCAAUUGGCUUGUACGACUUGCGACUUGCUCCCGGUUACAAUGCAAUCCUCGUGUCGUACUUGUUGUCAAUCCUACAAGGAUGUCUCGCGGAUUACCAAGCCCUACGCUGCCGCCGUCCUGGUCGUACCGGAAUCCGCCGCGAUGGGCGGCAGUGGCGACCUGUCCGAGUUUGUGACUCACGAUUGGGACGCCUUGGUCCAGACCAAGGGGUCCAAGGUCUUGCAGAAACAGACGCAGAGUCGUGGUGGAGCGUACGGAUUCUUUGCCGCACCGGCCGUCCUCUACUUUUUUAACGCCCCGCUCCCUACCAAGGCUCUCUCCGCAACCGACUUGAAUCAGCGAGCCGAAGAAAGAAUUUACGUAGACGGUUGGAAACGUGACGAAAUACGAGACAUGCUGGAGUCACUCUUGCCGUAG